AUGAGAUACGCUCAUGGAGACUUGAAUGCGUAUCACCCCACAAGAAACCCCAACGGGGUUGUGAGCUUUUCCAAUGCCGAGAACUGGUUAAUACAAGAUGACCUGACCAACUUCAUCAACGAGCAUAGCCAGUUCGACAAAAAUCUGUGUGCAUAUGGGGAAGGUUACACCGGUACAGUGCGUCUUCGGACCGCAAUGGCGAAACACAUGAACACCUAUUUCAAGCCGGUGAGAGAGAUCGAUCCUGAGGAGAUCACGUUUGCCGCCGGUGUGACCGAACUAAACGAAGUUUGCGCUAUGAUUACCUGCAAUCCUGAUGACAAGGAACGUAUCUUACUCGGGAAGCCUAUUUACGGCGCUUUCUCGAGAGACCUCACAAUCAGAACUGGUGUGAAUCCGGAGUACAUAGAAGUAGGGGAUACGGACCAAUUCUCACCGGACUGUGUCGCUCUUUACGAGGCCGGGUAUAUGGCCGCAGAAGCCCGAGGUGUCAAGAUCACGGCUCUUAUAAUAUGUAACCCACAUAAUCCUCUGGGACAGUGCUAUCCCCGUGAAACUCUCGCUGGACUCAUGCGUUUCUGUGCGUCCAAGGGGAUCCAUCUCAUUAGCGACGAGAUAUAUGCCCUCUCUGUUUACAAUCGAGACGAUCGCCCUUCUGAAAAAUUCACUUCGGUACGGGCCAUCGACUACACCGGUAUUAUCGAUCCCAGGCUAGUUCACGUGCUUUAUGGCAUGUCAAAGGAUUUUGGCUCGGGCGGAAUGCGUUUGGGCUGUGUUAUAUCUCAGAACGAUGAAUUUACCAAAGCAACGCGUGCUGUAUGUCGUUUCUCCUCUCCUUCCCAGUACUCCAUGGAUCUAGCGUCCAAGAUUCUUGAGGACCAGGAAUAUGUUGCGAAGUUCCUCGAAAAAUCGGCUCGCUUGUUGUCCCAGGCUCGUCUGGUAACUGAAGAUCUCCUUAACAAGGCAGGCAUCGACUUUCACAAAAAGGGGUAUGUGUGUCUGCCGGAUCUAGACGAAGAAAGUUAUCUAACGUCCACCUAG